AUGCAGCAAUCGCGCUCCUUUGGCGACAGCAUCAUCACCGGCCUGGUAGACGCACCUAGCCGAGCAAAUCUCUCCAGACCACCGUCGUCGCCGCCGCCGCCGCCACCACUGCCGCCAAUAUCAAUAUCGCAUAAUCCUAAUCUUAACCCGCCAUCGCGAGACCCUCCAGGCCUUGACGGCAUCACGCCAGUCCCACGCUCCGUCUUCUCGUCCGUCCGCCUGCCGCGAAGCUCGUCGCUGAUCCAUCCGUCGCACGUGUCGUCGCAGUCGCCCACUCGUGCCACUACUGCUGCUACUCAUACUCAUACCACCAAUACCGCUGCUGCCACUACUGCUACUCAUACUGCGCUUCCUCCUGCUAGUAUUGGCAACAAUAGCGGCAAUCCGCUCCAUCAGACGCAUCGCGACACCGUGCACCCCCCCGUUAGCCUCAAGCGGCCCUCAACUCCGUCGUCGCAUCCCAGCAGGGGCACCACCGCCGGAGCAUCGCCGCAGCAAGGCUCCCGUUCCCGAAACCGCUGGUCGACCUCGUCCGUUUCGUCUUCCUCGGGUCGCACGUCUCCUUAUGCCUCUCACCAGGCCUCUGGCUCCCAUUCGCACUACCACGCCAACUCCAACUCGUCAUAUACCCGUCGCGCCAGUAUCGAGGCUGUAGUGGGUGCUUCUCACGGUUCGUCCGCUCUUGCUGCCGCUCAGGCUCAGGCGCCGCAAAACCUGCACCGAACCGAUCGGAGCCACUUCGCCUUGCCAGACCGCAGCGCAACGCCCACGCGAGCGUAUCCAAUGAGGUCCGAGUCGAGCAUGUCCAUGAGGCAUUACGAGAGCAGCCACCUACGCUCCAUGUCGCCCAAUCCAUACGCAAAUCCUGCCGUCACGACACAGUCUACCGCCAGAAUGCCCCACGAGCAGAACCGCGAUCCUUACGCCCCUCGGGGCCACUCGAGGGACAAUUCGAGCAAAAGCAGCAGAGACAUGGGCAAGCCCCGCGCUCAGAAAAAUCCUUCUCAAAAGGCAAUGCUUUCCCGAGCGCUGCAAAAGGCCAACACGGCAGUGCAGCUUGACAAUGCCCAAAAUUUCGAAGGCGCUCGAGAGGCCUACUCUGAGGCAUGUGACUUACUGCAGCAGGUGCUGGACCGAACGUCAGGGGAUGAGGACAAGAGGAAGCUUGAAGCUAUUCGCCAAACAUACACCAGCCGUAUCGAUGAACUGGAUCAGAUGGGCCCGUGGCAGGACGAGGCUGUCAAGGCUCUGCCCGCUAGGCCAGAGAGUGAAGAUUACGGCGCGUCCAUAUACAUGCACCAGGACUACGAGAUGAUGGAGGAGGCUCCCAGGAUCGAGACAGCACGAGUUGUUAGCUACAUUGGGGGAGACAUUUCGCCCGUUUCAGGAGGAGCACCGCCACACCAAUGGCAGCAAACCACUGGCUAUGCAACAGCGGAUAGACUGCAGCCUUCUCGUAACUUGGAGCCGGGACUGUUGCAGUCAUCGUUCUCUCGGGCGCCCAGGCGGUUACGCUCUACUGAUGAUCUUCGCGCACAACACCAAGAGGGCCAGUAUGCGCCGCCCCCUCUAUCGCCUCGCUCAAAAUCGCCAGUCAAGACGAACAAUGACGACAUGUUUGCGGAGCUGCCGCCACACGAACCCUAUCAGUAUCAGCAGCAUGCGCAGCAUCACGGCCAUCAACGACUGCCUAGCGAUAGUGUCCUAUCUCCGUAUGACCAGGAAAUUGUAGAUGGAGUCCAGAGUUCAUGGCUAGAUCCAAUCGAUGAGUCGGGAGCAUCAACAGCAUCAUCUGUACACUCACGUACCUCGUCGCUUGGCUACCGUCGGCGCCACAUCAGGGCUGCCAGCGGAAACACCGAGGCUGAGUUUGACACGGCUCUGGACGCUGCCAUCGAAGCUGCCUACGACGACGGCUUCGAGCCCAUGGAUUCCGUAGACUAUGAACCCAUAGACACCAGCGAGGAUCCCAUGGCAAGCGUGCUGCAAAAGGUGGAAAAAGCACGUGAAAGAGUGAGGCAGACCGAACAGGAAGCAUAUGAUGAGCUGGCGAAUCUCCGCCAAGCACAGCAGCAGAACCUGCAGCAGCUGCAGGAGGAGGACAAAUAUACCGCCGACGGAUUCUACGAGGAUGAUUCAUCCGAAGAAGAGGAAAGGCUGCUGGAUGAGAUUACACGCGACUUUGCAAUCGAGGACUUUACCAUGGAACAACCGUAUGGUACGACCGUGUCGGCAAAACAGCAGGAAGCUUGGAACGAGGAUGAGACGCAGGCGGACUUCAUCUCAGGGGUCCGAUCUUUCUCUGCCUUGUCGCAGAGACCGCCUAUCCCUAACUCUACCAGUGCCACACAACCACCAGCGCCGCCUCCAACUUCAGCAUUGCCAAACUUACCGCCCCCGACUUCGGCAUUGCCAGACUUACCAGCAGCAGGCCCGGGUUCUCCAUCAGGUGGGGUGCGGAAUCGUCGACUCUCUGGGCAGAAUCCAAAGCAGCUCAAGAUUGAAACCUCGAAUCUCGGACAACCCCCAAGCAGGUCGAUUUAUGACGAUGACGAAAUAUCCCCAAGCACUCAGGAGCCGCCUACAGAGGUGCUGACCCGAACAGACAGCGCUCAACCCGUCAGGCCGCCGAUACCAGGAGGCUUUGCCUCUGAUUCAAAGGUUCCUGCAUCGCCAACCGCCAAGAAACGGCUGCUGGAAGGAGAAGAAGCGCCCAGCGCCUCGCCUUCCAUCCACAGACUACGGAAGAACUUUUCGUCCUCCAGUUUGAGAAGCAUGAAGAGCAGAAACAUGUCAGUGUCGCAUCUUGACGACAGCUCCGACUUGUCUCCUGGCACUCCCAAUCCUUAUGGCAAGGCACCUGCUGUGCCUGCACUGCCGACGCCUCUCAUCACGUCGUUUAAAGAAAACAUGGAGAUGGGAGCCGGCGGUGCAGGGUUGCAUCUGUUUGACGGCGAUUUCCACGUAUCAGCCACUCCCGGUCCUCAAAGUCCCAUUGUUUCCGUGGACGUCCCCUUGCCCCUCGAACCCUGUCCAAACGAAUUCAUGCUGCGCCCUUUUUGGCUGAUGCGAUGCCUCUACCAAACACUUGUGCACCCCAAGGGAGGAUACGUCAGCACGAAGCUGUUUGUGCCGCGCGAUGUUUGGCGGGUCAAGGGAGUCAAGAUUAAGAAUGUGGAAGACAAGAUUGCAAACUGCGACUUUUUGACUGCGGCUCUCCUCAAGCUGGCCAAAGUUGACACUUUCGACGCAGACGCCGUGUUGGAAGAAAUGCAAGCCCUCGAGGGCAUUUUGGAGCAGAUACAGUCGACUCUAUCACGAAAGCUAGGGAGCGAAGUAGGCGUCCAAGGUUCCGGCCUUUUAUUCAAAGAUGCCUCUCUGGCGGACGGAGAUGGUGGGUCAGCUGUGCCACGAUCGGGCAGCGUGUCUGGUAAAGCCUCUGCAUUCUCAUGGCGAAGGCUUCGGCCAAAGACAUCGGGUGUUGGGUUGGGGGGGUCAUACAGCAACCGGAAUGGCAGUGCCGAAGUCAAGGAGGUGACAACACUGCCGAGCAUUCCCAUGACACCGAAACCGGCAAGUCGUCCGGCCAAGCGAGAUGUAAGCCAAGCUCAGUUCAUCGGCCCCAAUGCCAGUUACAUGGGCUCGCUUGCGCGCUUGUUUGACGCUGCCCAGGCAGUUGAUCAAAUCGCAAGGCAGGUUGACGACCCCGGUCUACGGCAUGCGGACAAGACCCAGGUCGGGUUGGAGCUUUGCACACGGCACGCGGCCGAGUUUUUCGGCUUCUACAUCUGCCGCGACACCGCAGAGUCGCCCAAUGCGAGCUUCGUGGAUGCCCAGAUGAGCCUGGCUGGGAGAGCCGGACGAGCCUGGACUCGGGAAUGGCUGCGGAAUUCCAGCAGCAGCAGUCAUGGCCUCAACCGCAACCUCAACAACACAUCCGGAUGGUCUCUGCUUCUGCGCACGACAGCUCCAUGUCGGCAUCGCAGCUACGCCUCGCAAGCAAAGCCGACGCCUGCGCAGCUCGAGGCGCGGAUAGCGGCGAUUCCCAUUGAGCGGUACAGAAACUUUUGCAUCGUGGCGCACAUUGACCAUGGCAAGAGCACGCUGAGCGACCGGCUGCUGGAGCUGACGGGGACCAUCUCGGCCAGCGAUGCGAACAAGCAGAUUCUGGACAAACUCGACGUCGAACGCGAGCGGGGAAUCACAGUCAAGGCACAGACGUGCACCAUGAUAUACAAGCACAAUGGCGACGAUUACCUGCUGCACCUCGUCGACACGCCGGGCCACGUCGAUUUCCGCGCCGAGGUCACCCGUUCAUACGCCAGCUGCGGCGGCGCUCUGCUGUUGAUCGACGCCAGCCAGGGCAUUCAGGCGCAGACGGUGUCCAACUUUCACCUGGCCUUUGCGCAGGAUCUGGCGCUGGUCCCCGUCAUCAACAAGAUCGACAUGCCGUCGGCUGAUGUGCCCCGCGUUCUGGACCAGAUGGAGACGAGCUUCGAGUUGGAUCCCAAAAGGGCUGUGCUGGUGAGCGCAAAGACGGGCAAAGGUGUUGGUGCCCUUUUGCCGGCGGUGGUGGAGGGGAUUCCGCACCCUGUCGGCGACGAGAGUAAGCCGCUGAAGAUGCUCCUGGUUGAUUCUUGGUACGACACUUUCAAGGGCGUGGUUCUGCUGGUGAGGCUGUUUGAUGGAUCUAUCAGGACGGGAGACAACGUCGUGUCACUGGGCACGGGCAUGAAGUACACGGUUGGUCAGGUCGGCAUUCAGUAUCCCAACGCAACGCCGCAGACGGUGCUUCGCGCAGGCCAGGUCGGUUAUGUCUACUUCAAUCCGGGCAUGAAACGGAUUCAAGAUGCCAAGCUAGGCGACACCUUCACCACGGUUGGAGAUGAAGACAUCGUCGAGCCGUGUCCAGGUUUUGAGGAACCCAAGCCCAUGGUGUUUGUUGCGGCGUUUCCUACCGAUCAGAGUGACUACACCCGUCUCGCCGACAGCAUCAAUCAGCUUGUGCUCAACGAUCGCAGUGUGACGCUGCAAAAGGACUUUUCCGAGGCUCUUGGAUCAGGAUGGCGUCUUGGGUUCCUGGGCAGUCUUCAUUGCUCGGUAUUUCAAGAUCGUUUGAGACAGGAGCAUGGCAAGAGCAUCAUCAUCACGGAACCUACCGUGCCAACCAAGAUUGUGUAUGCCGACGAGUCAGAGGAGGUCGUGCAGAACCCAGCCCUGUUUCCAGACUCGAGCGAUCACCGGAUCAGAGCCGCCACAUUAUACGAGCCCUAUGUGAAGGCGACAAUCACGGUCCCUGAAGAGUACCUCGGCCGCGUCAUCGAGCUUUGCGAGGGCAACCGCGGAGAGCAAAAGAGCCUAGAGUUUUUCCACACCGACCAGGUUAUUCUCUCAUACGACAUUCCCGCCUCACAGUUGGUCGACGAUUUGUUUGGAAAACUCAAAGGCGUCUCAAAAGGUUAUGCGACUCUUGACUACGAGGACGCAGGGUGGCGCCAGAGCAAAUUGGUGAAGCUCCAGCUACUUGUCAAUCGACAGCCCGUCGACGCCAUUUGUCGAGUGAUACAUUCGACACAGGUUGACCGCCUAGGGCGCCAAUGGGUCACAAAGUUCAAGGAGCAUGUCGAUCGACAAAUGUUUGAGGUCGUCAUCCAAGCCGUUGUGGGCAAUAAAGUUAUUGCUCGAGAAACCAUCAAACCUUUUCGAAAAGACGUCCUCGCAAAACUACACGCGAGUGAUAUCACUAGACGGAGAAAACUGCUCGAGAAGCAGAAGGAGGGGAGAAAGAGGCUGAGAGCAGUGGGAAAUGUGGUGAUUGACCAAUCUGCGUUUCAGAGCUUUUUGUCAAAAUAG